UCCUGCCGCUAGGAUGCACGUCUACGCACGGCCGCUGCAUUGCUAACUUACAUUGUGGCACAUUUAAAAUAAAUCAACUAAAAAAACAGCUUAAGCAGAAAGAGAAAUAAAGUAAAACAACGACUAUUUAAUAACUGUAUCCCCAGUCAAACCAACAACAACAACAACAACAACACCAAAAACAAUAAGAACACGAACGUUCCACACGUACGAUACGGAUACACAAAAAUGCGAAGCUCACGCGCGCGUGUGUGUGUGCGAGUGAGUGUGAGUGAUUGUAUCGGUGUGUGUAGUGCUUAUAUGGCAUACCUAUAGAGCUGUACCUAAUAUGCCCAUGCAUAUAUAUACAUACAAAUAAAAUAACACAAAGGCAACGUUGUCGUCGCUCACCUCGUCUCCUCGUUUCUGUUCCCUGUGCCCCGCGUGUGUCCGUGUCCGUGUCCGUGCUGAUUGUCGUUGGUCGAGUGCUAAACGGAAAUAUUUGGUAGUCCAGGCUAUUGCCAGAGAAAAUACAUAUUUAUAAAAAAGAAAAACGAACUGUAUAAGGAAAACGUAAAAGAAAAACACAAACGGUAAACCGGAGAAAGCAACAAUGGCAGCCCAAAUGAGCGGCAAUUGAAGCGAGAAAUGUGUGCACACAUAAAUGUAGAGUUUCCAGUAAUUAUUCCGCAUUGCGCAAUCGAUUGUCAAAAUAAAUCAACUCUGCACAAAAAAUAGGAUCUAGAAUUGGGCUUGGAAAUGGUGGACAAAGGCAAUGCCAGGAAUACACAUAGAACAGGUGCUUAAAGACUCACACAGCAUAAGCCUCUAUGUAAAGGCCAUAUUAAAGGUCACAGGAAAUAGCAACAAUAAAGCAAAGCAAAAAUCAGCUGCCCGAGUUCAUCGAUCAACGUGAAUUAUGUCGCAGGACAUCAACAACAGUUGGGGCUCCUCCCUCAAAGUGCUGUGGGUAACACAACUGUGGCUGCUGCUGCUGCUCUUUGAGACCGGGCUGGUCAUCAGCGAAGUGCCUCCACAUUACUGGGAAACCCCGUACUCCCAGCCGUAUUUUGAUAACUCCUCGCGUCGCGAGGUCACGGCGACCGUGGGGCAGGCGGCGCUGCUGCAUUGCCGCGUGCGGAAUCUGGGCGACCGGGCGGUCUCGUGGAUACGCAAACGGGACCUGCAUAUAUUAACCGUGGGCAUAUUGACUUAUACGAACGAUCAGCGGUUUCAAUCGCUGCACUCGGAAGGCUCCGACGAGUGGACGUUGCGCAUAUCUUCGCCCCAGCCACGCGACUCUGGCACCUACGAGUGCCAGGUAUCCACGGAGCCGAAAAUCAGUCAAGGAUUUCGCUUGAAUGUUGUGGUGUCGCGCGCUAAAAUUCUUGGCAAUGCGGAGCUGUUCAUCAAGAGCGGCAGCGACAUUAAUCUCACCUGCCUGGCGAUGCAGUCGCCGGUGCCACCGUCGUUUAUCUACUGGUAUAAAGGCAAGCGGGUCAUGAAUUAUUCGCAGCGCGGGGGCAUUAAUGUCAUCACCGAGCGCUCGACGCGGACCAGCAAGCUGCUGAUAGCCAAGGCCACGUCCGCCGAUUCCGGCAACUACACGUGCUCGCCAAGUAGCUCAGACUCCGCCUCGGUGGUGGUGCACGUCAUAAAUGGCGAGCAUCCGGCUGCGAUGCAGCACGGCAACAGCAGCGCCAGCUCCUUGCGCGCUAUGUGGAGCCCAGUGCCUUUACUAGCCAUCACAACGACGACAGCUGCGGUAGCUGUCACAUGGAACUGGAAUUUGAACUGGAACUGGAACUGGAGCAGCGGCGGUUGCUUUGUGGCAUCAACCGCACUGCUGCCGGCGGCGCUUGCCAAGUGGUGCUGGAGCAGAAGUUGGAGUCUGAGCUGAUGGUGUGGCAGCUGUUGCGGCACCCUGAAUGACAGCAACCCCGGCCUAGUUGGGGCAGUUGCACUUAUCUUCUGUUUAGUGUUAAUGAUGAUGCAUUUAAUGUGUGUGUUUGUGUCUGUUAGCGGCUCGAUGCGAUUCAUAAACUGAAAAGGUGUGUACAUAAUGCAAAAGUCCUUUAACGAGUAUUAUCUUUAAGAAAACCAAAUACGAUAUGCCAGUCAAGUUGACUAAAAAAAGUAUUAAGAUGCAACAUUUUUAAAACGAAACUCUAAGAUUGCAUAAAUCCAUUGCAUAAUCUAUAAACAAAAGUCUUUUAACUUUUAAUUUAAGCCAAAGAAUAAAACAAUUUCCCUUAUUACUUUUCUGGCGCAGCAUGUUGAAAAUUAAUAAAUAAAUAAUGCUGAAAAUACAAGCUUAUGUUGCAUAGAAGCUCAUUCAGUUCAAAGGCACGAACUAAAAAAAAAACAACAAUAAAGAAAAACUUGUUUGUGCGCGCCAAAAAGUAUGCAGCGAAAAGUUUGCAAAAUUGAGUUGAAAGCGUUUUAUGUUCCAGCCUCUCCUUUUGUUCCACUUUUGUACACAAAACUCACUUGUAAUUCUUUGACAUAAUUCAGACGUACAUACAAAUAUAUAUAUAGUGAAAAUAUAUAACAAUACAACUUACAGCAAAGUCCAGCCAAAUUACACGCUAUUUAAUUUUGAUUUCCUUUCUGGUUUUAGGCAUAAAAAAUUAAUAAUGAAAUAACAAAUGUUGUUAGUCGUGCGGCCAGCUCCUGUG